AUGUCGAACUGCCUCCCCCCAGUCAACAUCGACGAUCUCGACCCCAACAGCCCCAUCAUCCUCUCCUCCCCCUUCAUCUCCCCCCUCCUCUUCACCAACGACGCCAGCGAUGCGCGCGACCACUGCGCCAACGAGCGCAACUUCCUCUCGUGGCUCCGCCUGUCCGUCUACCUCUGCGUCGUCUCCAUCGCCAUCGUCAUCUCCUUCCACUUCAAGCGCGAGCCCACGCAGCUCGAGCGCAGCAUGAGCAUGCCCCUCGGAAUCAUCUUCUGGGCUCUUAGCCUCGCCUGCCUGUUUGCGGGCCUGGCAAACUACCUCAAGACCAUACAGCUGUACCGUCGAAAGACGGCGCUGGUGCAGAGUGGUGCGAAGACGCAGGUGGUGUUGGGGAUUAUUACGGUGGUGAUUAUUGCCACUUGUCUCCUCUUCCUCACCACAAACGCCAAAACGCGCUGA